AUGGCAGUUCCCGCCUCCUCCUCCUCCUCCGGGGUCUCCUCCAGGCACGGGCGUCGCGGGGGCCUCGUCGGCGGGGACCUUGCUCGUCUUCCUCUCGCGGCCGGUCCCGCGCGAGGGUCCCCCGCCGCCGCCGCCGCUGCCGCCCUCCAUGGCGGGGCGCGAAGUCCGCCCCUCGCCGCCGCGACCAGGACGGGGGCAGCUGGGCUCUCCUCCCCCGGCGCACUCAGUCAGUCAGUCAGUCAGUCAAGGAGCGAGCGGCAGAGCGAGGCGGGCGGGCGGGCGGCUCCUGACAGCCACGGCGCUCGACGCCCACCCGACGGGACCUCUCAACGGCCGGGCAGCCGCGCCUGCCGAGCUCCGCCUCCAGCCGGGCUCCGCCCUCCGUCACAGUGGCUGCUCCGCGCGCCGGCCCGCCUCCCAGGAAACAGCGCCCCGCCCACCGCGGCGGCGGCGACGUCGCACGUGAGACGCAGCCACGCCCCCUCGGCCCCCUCGCCCGCAGCAGCCGGAGAAACCAGGAGAGCGCAGAGAUAG